UGAGGAGUCUGCGAAGGAGCUGCCAAGCCGCUCUCACCCGCUGUCGCGCUUUCUUGAAAAGGAAGGAGGCGUCACAACCGCGAUGGCAUCACGGCAGGCCUCAAAGCCGGCAUCACAGCGGGAAUCGCGGCCGACGGCAUCGCCAGCACAACCGGCGGUACCACGGCCGGCACCACCGCUGGCACCACUACCUGCUCCGGCACCGGCAGCAGGACCCGGAGCAUCGCAGGCGCCGAAGCCCACGGCGACCGUGCCGAAUACCGCAAUGGCCGGAACGCACACAACCGGAAUGCCCGUGGCCAGAAUGCCGGUGGCCGGAAUGCCGGUGGCUGGCAGCUACAUGGAUGCGCUGCGCGCACCCUACGUCCAAAUGCCGACCCCGGGAUUUCCGCCACCAGCCGUGCCCAACAUCCGGGGCUGCCCCAGGGGUCUGGAAUACCUGGUCCAGAUCGACCACCUGCUUGUUCACCAAGCCAUACAUAUCACGGAAGUGGUGACGUCGUGGGAGAUGGAAAACAAGUACAUCGUCAAGAACACCAUGGGCCAAUUCGUCUUCAUGGCGAUCGAACAGAGCGGCUGUCUGCAACGCCAAUGCUGCGGCGAAAUCCGACCGUUCGAGAUGGCGCUGCUCGACUACCGCAACGACCAAGUGUUGCGGCUGUUCCGGCCACUUCGCAGCGACUGCAGCUGCCUCUGUUGUUGCUGCCUCCAGGCACGUAUACUUCGGCCAACCCAUACCGCGAGGCUAGCGUUCGAUGGUGCAAAUAGCGCAUAUGUAUACGCCAUUCCGAAAUCGGAAACUUGUUCCAUUGCGUACCCACAGUGUCCUCUCGAAAUCCGUGGGCGUCGCAACAAUAACCUCUGCAAUUAUCCGCGACCCCCCCCCCCUCCACCGCAAAAGCAUAAUAAUGUUGAUGAUUGAAUGGCAUCCCCUUGGAAACGGGCAUGCAAAGUCUCCUAGCUUUCGUGAUUUAAUCAGGUAGGUUAUACAUGUUUUCAUCUAGCAUUUCUUUAUACAUCUCGACCUUUCUCUUUCUCUUUUUUUUUUUUUUUUGCUUCAAAAUGCAACUUGCAGCGCGGAGCUCCGGUCGUAUCAACCUCUUACCUGCUUCUUUUUUUUUUCUCCGCCAAUACUCUAAAUUUCUCUUGCUUAUCUCGACUGCUGACCGGUUGACGCUUCCGUCCACUUUAAACCCAAGCGCUUCUGGAAGGUGUUCAUCACCUACGGUAAGCAUUGCAGAGACUGCAGCGCUUACCUUUCUACUAGCGUGUAAUAGUCCAAGAGGAGGCAGAUAGAAUGGUAGAGAGGAGGUGGGGAGAGGACGCAGAGAAGGGGUGGAAACUAAGUUGUUGGGAAACGACUGAACAGCCUUGGCGCUCUUCGCUCCCAGCUCCCAUACAUGGGGGAAUGGGGGAGAUGAAGAAGGCAACGUAAGAAGGUAAGGAAACGCUACUACUAAAUUUAGGUUGAAGAUGCGGUGCGUUUUCGGCAUUUUCUGAAGGUGCGGUUCAAGCGUCCCGUUAAUAUGUCGUCCAACGCGAACGAAUGGUUCCGGGUACGUCGAUUGACUACAGGCGACGUUGGCAUGAUUCGCAAAUGGCGACGUAACGGCAGAAGGACCGUGCAAGGCCUGGCCAAAAAAAAAUGAAGCCGGACACGCUAGUAGUCGCGAGAUACGCCAGGGUGUCCGGCAGUGGGCGCAUCGUGAAGUCCAGUGCUGACACUCCGUCAUAACUGUCUAGGCACGACAAU